AGCAUUUUUCAAUUUCAAUUUCUUUUCAUGAAUAACACAUUUUUACAGUACAUUCACUACUGGCAGACAGGGAUAUCCAUCUAGAUAGUGAAACAGAUUUUAGCAUCAGUUAAAAAGGAAAAAAAGCUCUGAGAACCAAUAAAAGUAAAAUUAUAAGACAACAGAAAGAUAGACAGUAUUAGCAUCAGAAAACAUUAGAACAUCUAGAGAUCAGGAAAGUUCUUAUAUAAUAAAAUGCGUUCGUUAUUAAGAAGCAAGGAAGACGAGUAUGGGACUCGUUAAGUUCUAGAAUUUGCAAAAACGCUAGAAUGGCUAGAAUCCUGAGCUUCAAGAUCUACCUAAAUAAACUGCAACCAGAAAGAUUGUCCUCUAAAACAGUUAAGAAUUCAAAUACAAAUUAUCCAGGAAUACAGCUUUGAUUAUUUGUAAACACCCAUAUCAAGGGACACAACUGUAUGCAUAAAUGCAUCAAUAUAUGCCUAAAUGUACAGAAAUCCUGGAAUACAAUAUAUGAAAUCAGCAAAUACUGGACUUUUAUUCCAGCAAGAUACAUAAAGGAUAUCCUGACAAUAGGUUUUAAGGAACAGCUUAAAGAUAAAAACAAAUACGGAGAAGAUGGCAACUUCCAAUGUUGUAUGUGUAUUACAUGUAUCAGAGGAAGAGGAAAACUAUUUAAGAAUGCAUUUAUUGGUGACUGGAAUUUCUCAAAGAGCUGUGCGUAUAUUAUUUGAUAAAGAAUUUCAUCCUUCUCGGUUAGAAGCAACCAUUAAAAAGGGAUAUGUAACACUGUAUGACUUAAAAACAAAGCAUGUCAUUAACGCAGCUCAGUGGAAUUUACUGUUUCCGCGUGGUGGUGCACCUAACUCUCAGACUUUUGAUGUGACAUUAAUGAUUAUAAUACUUAGAAACCUGGCAAAUUUUACUGAACCAGCAGGUGGAUAUGACAAAUUACCAUGUUUGACUGAUACCUCAUCCAUGGCUGACUUAGCAAGAAUCAAACACUACAGAAACCAGUUAGCUCAUUUUAAAGGUGGAAAGAUGAAGACAGCAGUAUUUACCACUGCAUGGGAAAAUAUCAGUGGGAACAAAGUUCAUUCCAGUGACUAA